AUCAGGGAGGAAACCGAGAGGGAGAGCGAGAGCGCGCGAGCGCCAGCAAGCUUGCCGAGGACUGUUUCCAAAGUCGCCCUUGAUGGCGGCGGAGGAGAGGGAGGCGAGGCAGCCGCGGCGCUGAGCAGCCGAGACACGAUAGUGGGUCCUCCCGCCACCGCCCCUUCCCCGGCACCCGGCUUCGUGCUAGCGGUCCCCCGCGCCACUCCACGCCGCGGGCCCCGUGUGCGCCGGCCCUCCAGACGUCGGCGGUCUGCGAGAGCGUGCUCCUUUUCCGCCGCCCGUGGUUUCCAGCACCGCUCCUUCCCCCAGCUGGGGAGGGAGGGGGAAUUGAUCUUCGAUCGCGAAGAUGGCUGCUGGCUGCCUGCUGGCCUUGACUCUGACACUUUUCCAAUCUUUGCUGAUCGGUCCCUCGUCCGAGGAGCCGUUCCCUUCGGCCGUCACUAUCAAGUCAUGGGUUGACAAGAUGCAGGAAGACCUUGUCACACUGGCAAAAACAGCAAGUGGAGUCAAUCAGCUUGUUGAUAUUUAUGAGAAAUACCAGGAUUUGUAUACUGUGGAACCAAAUAAUGCACGCCAGYUGGUGGAAAUUGCAGCCAGGGAUAUUGAGAAACUUCUAAGCAACAGAUCUAAAGCCCUGGUGCGCCUGGCUUUGGAAGCAGAGAAAGUUCAAGCAGCCCAUCAGUGGAGGGAAGAUUUUGCAAGCAAUGAAGUUGUCUACUACAAUGCCAAGGAUGAUCUUGAUCCUGAAAAAAAUGAUAGUGAGCCAGGCAGCCAGAGGAUUAAGCCUGUUUUUAUCGAUGAUGCUAAUUUUGGACGACAAAUAUCCUAUCAGCAUGCAGCAGUCCAUAUUCCCACUGACAUCUAUGAGGGCUCAACAAUAGUGUUAAAUGAACUCAACUGGACAAGUGCCUUAGAUGAAGUUUUCAAAAAAAAUCGGGAGGAAGACCCUUCAUUGCUGUGGCAGGUGUUUGGCAGUGCUACAGGCCUGGCCCGAUAUUAUCCAGCUUCCCCAUGGGUUGAUAAUAGUAGAACUCCAAACAAGAUUGAUCUUUACGAUGUACGCCGAAGACCAUGGUAUAUCCAAGGAGCUGCAUCUCCUAAGGACAUGCUUAUUCUGGUUGAUGUGAGUGGAAGUGUCAGUGGAUUGACUCUUAAACUAAUCCGAACGUCUGUCUCCGAAAUGUUGGAAACUCUCUCAGAUGAUGAUUUUGUGAAUGUAGCUUCAUUCAACAGCAAUGCUCAGGAUGUAAGCUGUUUCCAGCACCUUGUUCAAGCAAAUGUAAGAAAUAAGAAAGUGUUGAAAGAUGCAGUGAAUAACAUCACAGCAAAAGGAAUAACCGAUUAUAAGAAAGGCUUUAGUUUUGCUUUUGAACAACUGCUUAAUUAUAAUGUUUCCAGAGCCAACUGCAAUAAGAUUAUCAUGUUGUUCACGGAUGGAGGAGAAGAGAGAGCCCAGGAGAUAUUUGCCAAAUACAAUAAAGAUAAAAAAGUACGAGUGUUCACAUUUUCAGUUGGUCAACAUAAUUAUGACAGAGGACCAAUUCAGUGGAUGGCUUGUGAAAAUAAAGGUUAUUAUUAUGAAAUUCCUUCAAUUGGAGCAAUAAGAAUUAAUACUCAGGAAUAUCUGGAUGUUCUGGGGAGACCUAUGGUUUUAGCAGGAGACAAAGCGAAGCAAGUCCAAUGGACAAAUGUUUACUUGGAUGCACUGGAACUGGGACUUGUCAUUACUGGAACUCUUCCGGUCUUCAACAUAACUGGCCAAUUUGAAAAUAAGACAAACUUAAAGAACCAACUGAUUCUUGGUGUGAUGGGCGUUGAUGUGUCUUUGGAAGAUAUUAAAAGACUAACACCACGUUUCACACUCUGCCCCAAUGGCUAUUAUUUUGCAAUUGAUCCUAAUGGUUAUGUUUUGUUACAUCCAAAUCUUCAGCCAAAGCCUAUUGGUGUAGGCAUACCAACAGUUAAUUUAAGAAAAAGGAGACCCAAUGUUCAGAACCCCAAAUCUCAGGAGCCAGUCACAUUGGAUUUCCUUGAUGCAGAGUUAGAGAAUGAUAUUAAAGUAGAGAUUCGAAAUAAAAUGAUAGAUGGAGAAAGUGGAGAAAAAACCUUCAGAACUCUGGUUAAAUCUCAAGAUGAGAGAUAUAUUGAUAAAGGAAACAGGACAUACACAUGGACACCUGUCAAUGGCACAGAUUACAGUUUGGCCUUGGUAUUACCAACCUACAGUUUUUACUAUAUAAAAGCCAAAAUAGAAGAGACAAUAACUCAGGCCAGAUAUUCCGAAACCCUGAAGCCAGAUAACUUUGAAGAAUCUGGCUAUACAUUCAUAGCACCAAGAGAUUAUUGCAUUGACCUUAAACCAUCUGAUAACAACACUGAAUUUCUUUUAAAUUUCAAUGAGUUUAUUGAUCGAAAAACUCCAAACAACCCAUCAUGUAAUACAGAUUUGAUUAAUAGAGUCUUACUGGAUGCAGGCUUUACAAAUGAACUUGUCCAAAAUUACUGGAGCAAGCAGAAAAAUAUCAAGGGAGUGAAAGCUCGGUUUGUUGUGACUGAUGGUGGGAUUACCAGAGUUUAUCCCAAAGAGGCUGGAGAAAAUUGGCAAGAAAAUCCUGAGACAUAUGAGGACAGCUUCUACAAAAGGAGCCUUGAUAAUGAUAACUAUGUUUUCACUGCUCCCUACUUUAACAAAAGUGGACCAGGUGCAUAUGAAUCAGGCAUUAUGGUAAGCAAAGCUGUGGAAAUCUCUAUCCAAGGAAAACUUCUUAAACCUGCGGUUGUUGGAAUCAAAAUUGAUGUAAAUUCUUGGAUAGAGAAUUUCACCAAAACCUCAAUCAGGGAUCCGUGUGCUGGUCCAGUUUGUGACUGCAAAAGAAACAGUGAUGUAAUGGAUUGUGUGAUUCUAGAUGAUGGUGGGUUUCUUUUGAUGGCAAAUCAUGAUGAAUAUACUAAUCAGAUUGGACGAUUUUUUGGAGAGAUUGAUCCAAGUUUGAUGAGACACCUGGUUAAUAUAUCAGUUUAUGCUUUUAACAAAUCUUACGAUUAUCAGUCAGUAUGUGAGCCCGGUGCUGCACCAAAGCAGGGAGCAGGACAUCGCUCCGCAUAUGUGCCAUCAAUAGCAGACAUAUUACAAAUUGGCUGGUGGGCCACUGCUGCUGCCUGGUCUAUUCUCCAGCAGUUUCUCUUGAGUUUGACUUUCCCACGGCUCCUGGAGGCAGUUGAGAUGGAGGAUGACGACUUUACCGCCUCCCUAUCAAAGCAGAGCUGCAUAACAGAACAAACCCAGUAUUUCUUUGAUAACGACAGUAAAUCAUUCAGUGGUGUAUUGGAUUGUGGAAACUGUUCCAGAAUCUUUCAUGUAGAAAAGCUUAUGAACACCAACUUAAUAUUCAUAAUGGUGGARAGCAAAGGCACAUGUCCUUGUGACACACGGCUGCUUAUACAAGCUGAGCAGACUUCGGAUGGUCCAGACCCCUGUGAUAUGGUUAAACGACCCAGAUACCGGAAAGGGCCUGAGGUCUGCUUCGAUGACAAUGUCCUGGAGGACUAUACCGACUGUGGAGGAGUUUCUGGAUUAAAUCCCUCCCUGUGGUCUAUCUUUGGACUUCAGUUCCUACUACUUUGGCUGGUAUCUGGCAGUAGACACUACCUAUUGUGACCUAAAACCAAAAUCGUCAUAAGUCCAGUCCAGACCCUGCCAACACAUGAGCCCUCAAUUACAUUAAAAUAGGGUCAACUGUCCAAUCAGCAGAACAUUAGCUGGGCCUGUACCAUGCGUAACUCUAAGGCACAGAUUCAUAAGACAUCCACUGGCUGCAUGUCAGGGUGUCAGACCCUUAAAUUUGUGUGAAUGCUGCAUCAUCUAUGUAUAACAUCAAAGCAAAAUUCUAUAUGUGCUCUAUUGGACAAUGUGGGAGUCUGUUGUUGCUUUGUUGGUGAUUACAUGUAAAAGGGCUCCCCAUGCAAUUGUUUAUGAAUCAUUAAGAAAUGUCUUGAUUUUGACCUGGAAUUUCAACUUGCUGCAAUUUUACCAAGAAAGUCACUAGGGGUGGCGGGGAGUUAUGUUUGCCUUCACUUAUUCUUCUGUUCAGAAUUCCUGCUUUGAGUAGUUAGUGAGGGAGGGCAGGAAAGAAAGUAGUAACAUUGAUCUAAACUGUUGAAAUAUAUUUUAAAAAAUGACUAAUUUUCUGCCAAAAAUUAGCCAUGAAUAAAAUGCCUUAUGAAGAAUGACUUCUCUGCCAAAAAUAAAACACAAUUGAAGACCAAUUAAAUUUUGGUGAGGUAAUGAAUUGAUGGUUUGACAAUGUUAACUGAGAAACUAUUAAACUAAAGGUGCUUGUGGGUGAAAUUUGAACACGUGACUUAUUUCCUCAUAAAUGUAAGCCCUUAAAUGCUUUGACGUAAUGUCCUUUUGUUCACAGUACAGUUCUGUAGUGCUAGCCAGAUAUUUAAAAAUGCUCUAAGAAAAGCUUGUUGGGGGGAGGGGAAUGUUUUUCUUGUGACAAAUGAACUUGGGUCACCAAGGGUAUUUUGCAUGAUGCUGCUGCUAUUUUAACUUUUUGGUUUUUCUCUUACUGUAGAGUGUAGUCCAUUGAAAAGUUAACUGAGUGACAUUAUUGUCAUGUAAGAAUCUGAACCUUGCSGUGUAAAUGCACUUAAGUCAUCUUUAAAAACGUUGUUAAACUACUCUGAAUAUACUGUGCAAUGUAAAUGCUGAAUGACUGGGUCAGGUAAACGGUGAAAUGAGAAAUAAUGGAUUUUAUACAGAUUCGUGCUUUUGCCUGAAAACCUAUGUACAGAUAUUUUAAGUACAUAAAUCAGAUUUAACACAUUUAUUUUUUGAAAAGUACAUAUAUGUUCUCAAUGAAGAUUCAUCCUAGGUUUCCUCUUUGUUCAUUUCAAUAGUAGUAUGUACAAUCUGAAAAUUGCUGCUGCUGCUGAUUCUGUCCCUCCAUUUUAAAUGAUCUGAUCAUUUAACUAACAGUUCCAUGGAAUUUGGUGAGGGUUUUACAAAUAAUCUGAACAAACAGGAAACCUUGAAUCUAUAUGUAUGCACAUGAACACUUGAUUGUGAAUAAAAUUUGUUUUUAUACAGCCUCAUUGGUGAAAAUGGUUAGUGUAGUAAAUUGGAUAUUUCAUUAUAGAUUAAUAUUGUAGCAAAAUAUUAUUUAUGCUUUUAAAUUAUUUUCAGGAAUAAACAGUAUUUGAAGAAAGGAUAAAAACAAUGAAUGUGUAAUUCUAGGAAUAGUGAAUAAUUUUAUUGAAGGCUAAAAGUAUAAAGAUAUAUUUUAUGGUAAAAUGCAUUUGUUUUCCAAACAUGCCAAAUAUUGGUGUGUGUAUAUGCUGGAAAUUUUCUUAUAUAUCAUUUUAAUGUCAAAGUUAUUUACAUUAUCCAGCAUGCUUUAAUAUGUUCCACAUAUCAAAGAUAUAACCAAUUCUUUAGCAAUGUUUAAAAGAUAUAUUUGUUUUUAGCUUUGCAUACAUUUGUAAUUCCCUUCUACCACUAAUAUAUCUUAAGUACCACUUGUGUAUAUUUCCUUAUUUAAGUUUUUUUUUUUAAUUUAAAAUAGGGGGAGGGGGAAUGGAAUCACUUUGCCGACUAUUGUUCUAAGAAUUGACAUCAGUUACCAUUUCUAACACAUUGUCAUGAUUUUGUAGUCCAUUCAUAACUGGUAUUGACAUUUUAGAAAACACCAAAGUGAUUUAAAGAUUAAUAAUGAUAUGUUUAAAUCAUGUUGUUUGUUAAUGAAAUAUUUAAAACUUAUUAACUUUUGCUAGACCAUUUUAAAUCAUGAAAGUGUUGGAAAGGGAAUAUCAAAAUAUAAUGUUGUUAGAUUGUGUAUAUAAGUAACGCACAUUAAAACAAUUUAAUUGCUUCCAGCAUACAACAAAACUACCUUAAAAUUAUUUUCAAAGUCUGUUAAAUAUACCUUCAUAGCUAAUGUCAUUUAUAUAGUAUGUUUUCAUCAACUGCAUUAUUUUGUAUUAAUCAUAGUUAAACUUGGCAUCUAGUGGCAGGGCCCUAUUUGAUUACAAAACUAUGACGUGACAACCACACACAUGGUAACAAAUUGGGUAAGAACAUGUUCUCUGAUUAAAGAUUGUCUUAAUGACAUAGUAGUCUUCAUGUUUUUAGCAUGUUUUUUGUUGUUGUUGUUGUUAUUGUUUGUUGUUCAAAGACAGUAACACUCAUCCCAUUAAAUUAUUAUGCUAAAUUUUUUAUUUUUCUGUGAAUUAUGUCAAUAAGAACUUCAAUUUUAGUAUGGUAUUAGUAUUGACUUCCAAAGACUGAAAAGUACAAGAGAUAAAUAAAAGGCUUUUUAAACUUUUUUUUUAACUUAUUUAAUUUUUACUAUACUCACGUAGUUUAAUGCAGUUUGUCACUAAAAGUCAGAAAAAGUCUUGCAUUGGUGUUGCAUAACAAGAAUUUUGCAUUUCUGGUUUCUUUAUCUUUUCUUCAUUUGAACAACCAGCAUUACUGCCAAACACCAAUCGUGGUCCAUAUUUGUAACAGGUUUUUAACAUGACAUAGUUAGCAAGUUUGAUUGAAAAGAUAUUUAGGUCCUGGGCCUAUAAGAUUUUAGUAUGAUCUUUUUUCAUGUUUCUAAUGUUUGAGGCAUUCUUGCUUAACUUCGAGAAAAAUAAAACAAAACAGUGUUGCUGCCAUUUGUAAGUUUUCCUAUUUAUAAUAUUCUUUUAUUAACCUUCAAACUGGCCUUAUGGGGUUCAAAUAGGCAGUAUCCCUUUUAAGUGACCUUUGCAACCCAAGUGUUACUUGCUUAUUUGAUGCUCUCUUGUAUUUUACAUCUCAUUUAAAUCUUUGUCUUGUCUUCACCAAAGCUAAAAUUCUGUGU